UGGACGCACUAAACCUUCUGUAGGAGCUGCGCGUUGAUCCAACUCCUCCGACCGCAACAGCUUCUAGUGUUUCUCGUGAGACACGUCUGUGAUCAUAUGGAGGCUUUAUUGUGAAGUGAAGGGAUUAAAACACGCUGGAGACUUUCUCACUCUCUCCUCUCUGGACUCUUGGACACUCCUUAAUUUUUUUUUUUUAUUCGCCUUAUGUGGACCUUAGUUCAGCAGCAGGAUCCCAGCAGACAGUCCCUGGUGGUUUGUGCAUUUAGGAAAUGGCAACUGCUCUCAGUGGCCGCAACCCCGGGGGACGAGGACCCAACCGAAGCAAGGGGCGGAUUUUAGGCAUCAUCGAUGCCAUCCAGGAUGCGGUGGGGCCGCCGAAACAAGCGGCUGCCGACCGGCGGACUGUCGAAAAAACCUGGAAACUCAUGGACAAAGUUGUCCGCCUCUGCCAAAAUCCCAGACUUCAGCUGAAAAACAGUCCGCCGUACAUCCUGGAUAUCUUACCCGACGCCUACCAGCACCUGCGACUUACACUGGGCAAAUAUGAAGAGAACCAGAGACUCACGCUGCUCAGUGAGAACGAGUACUUUAAAAUCUACAUCGACAGCCUUAUGAGGAAAUCCAAACGGGCCAUCCGGCUCUUCAAAGAGGGAAAGGAAAGGAUGUAUGAGGAGCAGUCACAGGACAGGAGGAACCUGACCAAGCUGUCUCUGAUCUUCAGCCACAUGCUGGCUGAAAUUAAAGCCAUUUUCCCCGGAGGACACUUCCAGGGGGACAAUUUCAGGAUCACCAAAGCUGAUGCGGCCGACUUCUGGAGGAAAUUUUUUGGAGAAAAGACAAUAGUGCCAUGGAAAGUGUUCCGACAGUGCCUUCACGAAGUGCAUCCCAUCAGCUCGGGCCUGGAGGCCAUGGCCCUCAAAUCCACCAUCGACCUCACCUGCAACGACUACAUCUCCGUGUUUGAGUUUGACAUUUUCACACGCCUCUUCCAGCCAUGGGGAUCAAUUCUGAGGAACUGGAACUUCCUGGCAGUGACACACCCCGGCUACAUGGCCUUCCUUACAUAUGAUGAAGUCAAAGCCCGACUACACAAGUACAUAAACAAGCCUGGCAGUUACAUCUUCAGACUGAGUUGUACACGGCUGGGCCAGUGGGCCAUUGGCUAUGUGACCAAUGACAGCAACAUACUGCAGACCAUCCCUCACAACAAGCCGCUGUUCCAGGCCCUCAUCGACGGCUACAGGGAGGGCUUCUACUUGUUCCCCGACGGUCGCAGUUACAAUCCUGACCUCACUGAUUUGUGUGAGCCAACGCCUCAUGAUCACAUCAAAGUGACACAAGAGCAGUAUGAGCUGUACUGUGAAAUGGGCUCCACCUUCCAGCUCUGUAAGAUCUGCGCUGAGAACGACAAGGACGUCAAGAUCGAACCCUGCGGUCACCUCAUGUGUACUUCCUGUCUCACGGCUUGGCAGGAGUCGGACGGUCAGGGUUGUCCGUUCUGUCGUUGUGAGAUCAAAGGCACAGAGCCCAUUAUUGUUGAUGCCUUUGACCCACGAAAUGAGGGAAACAAGAUCUUUUUCCUGGACCAGCACAGCUGCCCCAUGCUGGAGCUGGAUGAUGACGAGGACCGAGAGGACUGCCUGGUCAUGAACGGACUAGCCAACAUCAGGAAGCACUGUGCAGAGCGCCAGAACUCGCCCAUGGUGUCUCCCAGCUCUUCACCUGUCAGCCAACACAGGAAAGUCCAAGGAGGAGACACCAGCCACUGCAUCCAGCACCUCGGCCUUCCCCCCGUCCCGCCACGACUCGACCUCAUCCAGAAGGGCGCCAUACGUUCCCCAUCCGCCAGUCCCACCGGCUCCCCGAAGGGUUCGCCAGGCAUGUCCAGGAAGCAGGACAAGCCUCUCCCAGCCCCACCUCCUCCCCAGAGGGACCCACCUCCACCACCUCCCCCCGAGCGUCCGCCUCCCAUCCCCCCAGAGUCACGCCACUCUUGGCUCCCCACCACCUCUCCCUUGUCAUGUUCCGUCUCAUCUUCUACGGGCACGCUGUCAGACCCCCAGAUGCCACCUGAGACGCGGUGUCCUAAAGACAGCCACUUUGCAGAUGCCCACAGGACCGGAUCCGAUCACCCGCACCAGCUGGAACCCACCGUGCCCUCUCACCUGAACGGAAGACCACUCAGUUGUCCGUCUGCUGGAUUUGGGAGGUUACAUCACAGAAUGGAGGGGGCAGGAACGUCAGAGAGCUCCAAGCCCUUCUCUAAUGGUGUGCAAGUCAGCGAUGAGUAUGACAUCCUUCCCUCACGGCACUCGCCAACGCCGUCCGCGCUUGCCAAUAGCCACAAGCCCUCCAACCCUUUCAGCAGCCCUGUGGUGGAACGACAGCGGGUAGCGAUGGAGAGGGCGGAGGACGACUAUCAGAUCCCUUCAUCCAACCUCUGCUUGAGCCAGGCUCCCAUCUGCAUCUCCGUACCCAGCAGGCACUUAGAGAACAGCUCUCCAGAGCCCUCCGUCGACGAGAAGAAGCCCCAGCCCCCCGAGCCUGGUGGACACUCAGACUCGGGUAGGGGGUCGGGCUCACGGGUGGCACAUAGCACCCUCUGCCCCUUCAACACCAACAAGAUACCCUCCGACUAUGACAUCCUGCUGCCGCCACAAGCAUUAGAAGUUCCCUUCAUCAGCCGCCCUCCGUCCCAGCCUCCUCCUCCACCGGCGCGACACAGCUUCACCGACCUCUCCUCCUCUUCUACAUCCCCGUUCUGCAACUCCUUCACAUCCUCCUCCUCCUCCUCCUCUGUCAUCGCACGACCACACCGGCCCUCCUCUGGACACUUGCUGUUAACCCCUGACACAGUGUUGGACAUGCUGAACAGUGCUGCUCCUCUUCCUCCAAUCAGACGACACACAGAACAUGUUAAAGGCUCCAGAGGCUGCCUGGAGUACGACCACGUACCAGCCAGUCAAGUAUCGAUGGACUGUUUGCAGGCCCCCGCCAGGCCGCCCAAGCCACUGCCCAGGAAGAUCCCUCCAGACAUUCAGCCGGGCAAACCCCACAGCUCGGAGUCGCAGAACGUGGACGCCAAAAUCGCCAAGCUGAUGGGCGAGGGUUACUCCUUCGAGGACGUGAAGCGGGCGCUGAUGAUCGCCCAGUACAAAGUGGACGUGGCCCGAAACAUUCUGCGAGAGUUUGCCUUAGUGGCCCCGAGACUGAACCUCUAGUCCUAGAGACAGUGAAAGGGGGGAGCUGUGCCUCUGAAUGGACCGACUUAAAAAAAAAAAGGGCUUCUUCAUUCUGCUUGGCCUGGGACUGUUGGAUCUACAAUAAUCAACAGAAACCCAGACUUUUUUCAAGAGACUUGCCUUUUGUUGCUGAACAGAGAUAAGGAUGCACAACAAAGUGGCUAAAAACCAAAUCACAGUAGAACACAGAGAUAAAAAAAAAGGGAGAAAAGACCGUCUGUGAAUGAUUUAAACCUGUGAAAUAAAAGGAAACCAGGCUCUGUGUUGUUUACAGUGAGCUUUGCCGGUGCUGGCCUCUGGUUUUCAAAUGCUCCUGUUGAUCUCCAGGCGUGGACUGUCUGCCUGUUUUAAAGCCCUGAUCCUGCUACUGCUGCUACUGUUCCUUUCACAUCCUGCCACCCUUCACAUUUAGUUUGAAGGGCCUUUCCAUAGAACAACACACCUCCAGCUCUUUUUAGCUUAAAUGUACAGCCAAUUUGUAGGGGGGCAUUUUUAUUUACAACCAGUAGGGGGAGCCAGACUCCACCAGUUUUGUUACUUUCUUCUCCUCGUGUUUCCUGUUUCACCCUCCUCUUCCUUUGUGUGUUGACUCCACUUAACAAGAUGUGGUGAGUCUGGAGCCAGAGGAUGCCUUAUUGAUUCACUUGUUUCCCCCCAGACCUGGAGAAAAACUGUACCACAUCUCCAGAGGAGCACUUUUUGUUAGACUUGGUAUCUUCUUUUGGACAAGAAAAGUGAAGCAGGGAGAGGGUGGACGGGUUAGUUCUGCUCUGUGUUUCUGUUACUAGAUCAGGGGAUUAAUCAGCUGGGGCCUUUUUUGUUUACUUUCUUCAUCUGAGGACAGCAAGCCUAUGAAUGUAUUUGUUCUUGCGUGAGUGAGCGAUACCUUUAUACUCUGAGCUCCUCUCAGGCCCCUUCUUUGCCCUGAAGUGAUUUAAGUGGUGGAAAAUAUUUAGUGGAUUUCUCAAAUGACCAAAAGCCAGACGAUCGUGCCUGCGUUUCAGCUCAAGCAUUUAAAUGGCAGGAGCAAAUCUGUCGUGUAGAUCAGCGAGUCAGACGUCGCCUGUUAAGAGCUCAGCCGUCACACUGCCGCUGCCUGUCUCCACUUCAGGUACACAGCCAUCACACGUCCACAUUCCCAACAGCUUUGAGGAAUCACUCUCAAUCUGAUUUGCAGUGAAAGACGCGUGAUAGCUCUACAGCAAUUAUGCAUUUUCUGAUGUAGAGUUGUAAUGUGAACACAGUAGAGAUGAACAGAAUACUGCAGAUGAGUCAUAUGCACCUUCACUACAGGUGGAGUUCAAACCCAUUACCUCAGAAUCUGGAAUCAGGUGGAUUUCUCCGUAACGACUGCAAGCUGUCUCAUCAAUGCAUAUAUUGGAUUUCUUCAAACAGCAUUGUUUUAUUAUGUUUUUAUUAGUAUGCAAGAUCUUGCCAGACUCGUUAGGGGUGUAGUUUACCAUAAAACAAGCUAUUAUUCUCAUACUCAAACUUUGCUUUGUCCUAUUUUAGUGAUAUUUCUGGGUUUCCAGAUUUCAACAAUUUUAGGGUACAAUGGUAUUCUUAUGGAUUAAAAAACUGAAUUAUCAUGGUUAAAAUCUGGCUUUAAGAUUGCUACCUGUAGAAUCUGAAAUGUGAUGACAGUCCCUUGGUAGUAUUUGCUUCCAUAACAGUCGCUACUUCCUAUUUGGUUACAGCUAGAUUAUUUAAGCAACGUAUCUGAAUGUAUUGUGUUGGGAAACAUCGGGUUUAACAGAGAUAGACAGCUUACUUAUUGGAGUGUACAUAGAUUGGUAGUGUGGAUCUUUUCUUCCUGACAGUACAAUGUGAUGUAUCAAUAUGAUAUGGGUCUAACUGUGUCAUCCUAACUACUGUGUAUCAGGACUAUAGUAACUUUUAUUAUAUUAAUAGUUGAUGCAGCACGCUGAGCUAAGCACCUUGAGACUGUGCAACAUCUGGGUCUGUCUGUUUGGACUGAGGUUCCUCUUAGGGAUGCACCGAUUUGACUUUUUCAGUCCCGAUACCGAGUACCGAUCUGAUACCAGUGUUUAUUACACGGCUUUGUUGAAUACUUGAUUCCGAUUGGUCAAUCACAGCGUUCUACGUUCUGUUAUUUCUUUAUAGCAGGCCGCUGCUAUGUAUAACAGACCGUUGCUAUGGGCACAGUAAUGAUGUUGGUCCUGUUGUCUGUCUGUCGCUGUACAUUAUCCCUUACAUAAUUCAUAAUCUGUAUACCUCACUGUGUGUGGAAGUGACUGAGAUCAUUCUUUUAUGUGUUAAAGGCAACAACAGGCUCGACUUGAAUGUCACUUUCCUAACUUUGUAAAACAAAAAUGUAACAAAUAAAUACAUAGAUAACAUAAAUUCAGUGAAUUGGUUAUUUAUAAUUAAUAUAAUAAAUCAUACACCGACAACUUGGCAAAACAAAUCUGCAAAAUUAACAGGAAUUACAAUUACAAGUGUAAAAAUGUUUAAUGCAGCUACAAAUUGGUUAAAACAGGAAUUAAAAUUCCGGUAUGUAAUGUGUAUGGCAUAUAAACAUAGAAUUGAAUUAAAUAGAUCGGCCCCGUUGUCACCGAUAUCCGAUCCGGUAUCGGUGCAUCCCUAGUUCCUCUUCAGUCCAAAGUGUACCCAGGGACGAGCCGAAUAAACGCAGCGACACAUAGCGCUGACCCAUUUUCACCUUUCAUUUCUCUGCAGCCAUUAUUAUGCUAUCAGGAUUAAUGUGAGGUGAUGUAUUGUAGUUUUCUUUCAUGGAGGAGCUUUAAUAUCUUGAUUGAUUUAGGUCCACCUGUGAUUGAGGCUCUUCACAAAGCAGACAGCUCAGUGUUUCUGGUAAGAAGACUUCUUCACAGUCUGGAUGCGUAAAUGGAAAUAAAAUGGUUGAGUUGGAACGCCCUGAUAAUACCGCAGGAGGAGAAGAUGACCCCAGUCCUAAUGAUACAGCUCACUGACUCACAUGUAUUCAUAAUAUGUGAGUGAAACCAAACCAUGAAAGCACUCUCCCUACUUGAGUGGUGUUUUUAAUGUGUCAGGCAUCUUAACAGGUUUCUCAUAAUUGUUACAAUAAGAUCUUAUCAGGUCAUCUUAACCCCGAUUUGACAUUUAUUCUUCCAAGCAAAACCAUGUUACCAUAGCGACUAAAAGGUUGCUGUGUUCAUGUAGAUAUCGUGAGUUUGGCUCUCUGUGCUGCGUAGUCAACCGAGGGAAUAAAACGAUGCUUGGUGAUGGGAGACAUCAGUGAAUUCGCUCUUAAAGUCUGGAAGUUUUAUUGUUUUAAUUUGUUUAUUAUUUUAGUCAUCUGGUCAGUGACGGAUCGCAGACAUCAAAUGACCCCACCCCCACCCACGUCUUUCCAUAAAGAGGAUGUAUACACCCCUCCGCCAUCCUUUCCUCACUUUUUUUAGAGCAGCACUUUAAAGGGGAACGUCACUGUAGUUUAAAAUGCACAUAUGUUAAUAUUGGGGCUUCAAACAGUCCGUAGAGAAUCAGUGAUAAGGAGCGAUGCUGUGUGAACCAAGUCUCUAAUCUCAGUACAGACACAGAUUCACCAAACAUCCCAAGCAGCACAGCCAUAAAAAAGUAUGUCAACUAAACAAAAACACGUAUAUAAAUUUAUGAUUAAGCACUUAGAUAAUGCUAGGCUAAGCAGCUUUAUCCGCUCCCCUAACUCACCAAGUUAAUUUACAUUUCAACAUUCAAAUGAUGUUUAUUGUCACAAUUGAUAAUGCUAUUUGUACUGAACCAGAAAAUCCUGCUCUCCUUUUCCAACUCACGGAUUAUAGCGUAGUUCCUGUUGCAGAUUAGACAAUGAGUUAACCCUCAUCUGGUUUAGAACGAACCACCGCACAUAUUCAGAUAUGAAAUUCAGUGGCAUUCCCCUUUAACCUGUGGCUUAAUUUUCGCACUGGUCUGUUUUUAACUUUUUAUUUUCUCAAACUUGAACUACUCUGAGCUCAGUAUCGUCCGUUCCAUUGGACGUGUACUUGUGAAAGGGGGGUAAGUGGCCUUAGGUUGCAAAGGGCAGUUUUUAUUUUGUAAUGCCAUUUUCGUAUUGAUGUGCUGUGGUGACAAAAAAAAAAAAAUGAUAUGAUAAUAUGUAAAGCAUAGAGUAAUGUGCAAUUAAUUUAUACAUUAUUAAUGCUUUUCUUGAUAUGUUAUUUUCAUGAAUAAGUAAAUUAAAAAGUCACAAUUC